AAAAAUACUUGAGACCCACUUGGUCUCAGGUUUGAAGUAAAGUAGCUAUCCCUGGGACCCAUGAGCCAGCGAAUCUGCACGACGACAUAGACAUGGUCUUCUCUACGGCUUUCCCUUAGAUCUGGAGCUCAAGUUUCUGUUCUGAGAUUCAAUUCAAGAGCUGAGACGCCCAGGAAAGCAAAAUAAAAAUCUGGGCUUUUUCCUCUCUCUGUUUCCUUUUUCUUUUCAUCUUCUUUGUGUAUACAGAACAUAGAGAGAUGGGAUUCGUGGGACUUCAAGAAAACGGGGAUGGAGAUGGGUUCUCUAACCUUCCCUUGGGAACCAAAAACAAAUACAGGAGGAUGGAUUCGGAGCUUACAGAAGACGAAGACGCCUCACAUCUUCAUCAUCAACAGGUUGGGACUAACAAUACGAAGAGAUACGUUUUCGCCUGUGCAGUCUUCGCCUCUCUCAACUCUGUGCUUCUGGGCUACGAUGUGGGUGUUAUGAGUGGAGCCAUCCUAUUCAUUCAGGAAGAUCUGAAGAUAACAGAGGUGCAAGAAGAAGUUCUUGUUGGCUGCUUGAGCAUCAUCUCACUUUUCGGCAGUUUAGUUGGUGGUAGAACCUCAGAUGCCAUUGGUAGAAAAUGGACAAUGGCCUUUGCAGCUAUUAUAUUCCAAGCAGGUGCAGCUAUAAUGACGCUUGCUCCUUCUUUUAAAGUACUGAUGAUAGGAAGACUCUUAGCCGGGAUAGGGAUUGGUUUCGGAGUCAUGAUUGCCCCUGUUUACAUUGCUGAGAUAUCACCCACCAUUGCCAGAGGUUCUUUCACUUCCUUCCCUGAGAUUUUCAUCAACUUUGGAAUCCUUUUAGGUUACGUCUCAAACUAUGCAUUUUCUGGUCUUUCGCCGCACAUAAGCUGGAGAAUAAUGCUUGCCGUUGGAAUCCUGCCCUCGGUCUUUAUUGGAUUUGCUCUGUUCGUCAUACCUGAGUCACCCAGGUGGUUGGCGAUGCAGAACCGGAUUGAAGAAGCAAGGAUGGUCCUUCUGAAGACAAUUGAAAAUGAGGGAGAGGUGGAACAGAGACUCCAAGAGAUACAGCAAGCAGCUGGGACUACUAAUGCAGAUAAGUCUGAAGAGAAAGCUGUGUGGCGUGAACUCCUAAGCCCUUCACCUGCAGUUCGCCGCAUGAUGAUAACUGGGUUUGGGAUUCAAUGUUUCCAGCAGAUCACAGGUAUAGAUGCAACUGUAUAUUACAGCCCCACAAUCUUAAAAGCAGCUGGAAUUGAGGACAAAACCAUGCUUCUUGCUGCAACUGUUGCUGUUGGAUUUUCCAAGACUAUUUUCAUUUUGGUUGCCAUUUUACUCAUUGACAAAGUGGGGAGAAAACCACUGCUAUAUGUGAGCACAAUUGGGAUGACUGUGUGUUUAUUUGGAUUAAGUCUUACUCUAUCUUUAACGAGGGGUGGAGUAGCCAUUCCAUUGUCAAUUUUAGCUGUCUGUGGGAAUGUUGCUUUCUUUUCAGUUGGAAUUGGCCCUAUUUGCUGGGUUUUGACGUCUGAAAUCUUCCCUCUCAAAUUGCGCGCUCAAGCAGGAGCACUUGGAGCUGUGGGGAAUAGGGUGAGCAGCGGCCUAGUUGCCAUGUCCUUCCUGUCCCUCUCUCGUGCUAUUACAGUGGCAGGAACCUUCUUCAUCUUUUUCCUGAUUUCGGCUCUCUCCGUCGCCUUUGUUUAUUUUUUUGUACCUGAAACAAAGGGGAAGUCUCUGGAGGAGAUUGAGUUGCUUUUUCAGAAUGUGGGAGGAUUGCAAGGUGGUGAGGUGGAGCUUGGAGAUGUUGAGCAUCUAGUACAAAAACAAUGACUGCCUUGUGGGCCAGUGUGAUGAACCGAAAUCUUCUAGCAUGUCUUUCAACUCUACAAUUAGCUUGAAGGAAGAUAAGGAGCCUUCCCAUGGUCACAGAGUAGGCAUGCUUCAGUUGGAAAUCUUGCUGGUUUCCACUGAACAGAGUUGCUCAUUGAAUCCUAGCUGCCAUUCAUGAGUUAUACAGCUUCAAAAAGUCCUCUUUCAAAAUCCAUUCAACCAAGAGGGAAAUUAUCUGUUAUUUUGGGGUUAUUAUCUAGUCAGAAGCCUUCCUAAACUUAUUGAAAGCCUGCUGCAACCAGCCCCUCAUGUAAGGUUAUAACUGAGAAAAUAUUAGAAGUUGAUUUUAGCUCUAGAGUGCAUUUUCUUUCUUCAGGAAAUAGCAACAAUUGAUUUGGCCUUUGUCC